AUGGGUGACCACGGCCGAAGACCCCAGCUCGUGUCCCACUCGGAUGGCCCCCGACCGCAGAGGCGCUUGUUUCGUGGCAGACGCCAGCACCCACCGCCAGGGUUCGACGGACUGAUGAGCGCCGCCUACCUGCAGGAGCUGUUUGGCCUUCCGUCGACGUACCCUUGGACACCGGGGCCCACACUGCCCACGGAACCCUCGCCGUACUACUACGUCCAGUGGCCAUACCCAGUGUUGCCGAUGUUUCCAUUGUUGCCACCGUGGAUGGUGCCAGCGAUCUCUUGCGAAGUGGCUCCGAACCAAGGCACAACAUGGCGACCGGGUGUGAGCCCGGACGUCACGAGGAAUGGUGCCCCGCCACGUCAUCCAGAGAGGCAGGUCGUCAAGCGCCGUGGGUCCCGGCCACCUGCUGAACAAGAACCCAGGUGGUGCGACCCCAGGCUACCAGGGCGCGGACUCGUAAAAGCGCCACUCCUUCAACGAGCGGGACGUCACGAAGCAGCCCGUCAAAGGAAGGGCAAGAGGAAGACAUCGAACUGGUGCUGUCGCGACUGCUGCGCGCUGUGGCAGACCUCGGGCUUGGCGUGCCCGCCAAGAAAGAGGAGCCACGGUGCUCCGCACGACAAGGCGGGCGGCACAGGAGGCAAGCCGGGCCUGCUGGCUUCCAUGCUCAACCCGUUCCGGAAGCAGGCCAAACCAGAAGCAGUCCAGGGAAUCAUGGCGGCGGCGUCAUCCGAAGAAGGACCAGCUCACCGGCAACAGGAGGACGAGGAAGACGACGACGAAGAGGACGACGCCGAGGACGAAGACGAGGAUGAGCCGGUUAUCACCGUUGAAGGGGCCUACGACCCGACAGAGUUCGACUCCCUGACGGUAUCGACUGAGAUCAAGGAAAUCUUUGGAUUCAUCACAAGGUACACGCCCCAGACGGUCGAGCUGGACCAGGAGCUGCGGCCGUUCGUACCCGAGCUCAUACCAGCUGUGGGCGACAUUGACGCCUUCCUCAAGGUGCCCCGUCCGGACGGCCGCGCGGACAGCGUCCAGCUUGGCCUUCGCGUGCUGGACGAACCUAGCGCUCAGCAGUCGGACCCUUCCAUACUGACCCUGAGGCUGCGUGCGCUCUCCAGGGACGCGAGACUAGCGACUACUAGCAAAGCCGUUGUGAAGAGCGUGGAUAAGCCGGAGGAACAAAACCGAGAGAUUGAGUUGUGGCUCCAGAGCGUCCAGGAGCUGCACAGGGCCAGGCCACCGCCAACUGUGCACUACACCAGAAACAUGCCGGAUGUGGAAUCUCUGAUGCAGGAGUGGCCCCCAGAGUUCGAAGAAAUGCUAGCCGAGGUGCAGGUGCCGACCGCAGAGCUAGAGUGCUCCCUGGAGGAAUACGCUACCAUGGCCUGUCUGCUGAUGGACAUCCCGGUGUACAAGGGCAAGUUGAUCCAGUCUCUGCACGUCCUAUUCACCCUCUUCACCGCCUUCAAGAAUUCACAGCAUUUUGGCGCGAUGGGCAUGGGCACCGACGGAGGCACCGGUGGUGGUGGGAAGGCUCCCGUCGAGGACGCUGACGCGGAAGGAGUGGAUCGUCUUGUGCUCUGA